UGUGUCGAGAUUAAUUGGUUUUGAAUUAUAAACCGGUACUAACAUGGAGUAACGUGGAAUUAUGUUGGAAAUUUUGUUUCAACUUUGGUCCUUUGUAACAGAUUUAUUUUGGUGGCUGAUGCAGUAUAUUCCUCCACUUCCCUUAGAACGUCCCGAUGGCAAAAAAAGGGAAGAACGCCAAAAUCUGCUCGCGGAACAGUAUUACGAAAAUGAGUGUCCUGUUGCUGUUGAAGCAACUAUUUGUGACAAAUGGAAUACCACACGGACACAGACGUUUGCAAAACAACUUCAAAUGUUUUUAAAAAAAGAGAUGAUUUCUUUGAAAAAAACAUGCAAAGAGGAAACUGCUUGUAAAUCAAUUCUUCACGUUGUUCUUUGUCUGCGUCAGUCAAGACUUUUGCCCGAUGUGGCUUAUUCCCUCACAAAUAUCGAAGAAAAUUGUUACAGACACGUUAUAUUGGUGCUUUUGCAUUUCAAGGCCGAAGAUAAAAAAGAACAAGCAGUUGAUCUGCAGAAAAGCUCAAUAUUGUAUUCAAACAUAACAGUACUUGACUGUUUUUUGCAAGAAAAAAAAAAUAAUAUAGAUGAAAUGAACAUAAAAAUUCUGGAAGCAAUAUCAUCAAUUGCAAUGCAACCGCAAAAAGUGCAUACUUAACACUGAAUACAGCUAAACUAUAUGAUCUAGCAAUCAUUAAGUAUGUAGGUCAAAGACGCAAGCAGAGUUUUAUUACCAUGGCGGCCGGGGUUCAAGUCCCAACUUGUGCAUAGUUUUAUAAAACUGGCAUCACAUUCAUAUUAAACUAUGAUUUAUUUUGAAAUGCAAAUAUUUGACAGAUAUGAUAUGUAAUAGUCCGUACAAAAAAUCAUUUUCACCAAUUUAAUUUUCAUAUAUACAUGCUUAGUUGAAUCAUCUUGCAAUAUGUUAAAUGUCUGUUAAUGGUCUUCCCUACAGAGGCAAUAUUUUUCUCUCUUCCUUUAUUGUAGAUGCUUAUUAUUCUCAUACGAUGUUCUUAAAGUUGAUAUAGUAAAAGACUGCAGUUGAAAGACUACAAUUAGUUAGUAAACAUUUCUAGUGUAGGACGUAAAUGGAAUUACGUAGACGGCAUAGCAUGCAACAG